AUGCGCAUCGUGCUCAAAGCUAGCUUGGGGGCAGUACUAAUUGCCUCCGCCCACGCGCUGGGACAAAGGCCUCUGGGGUCCUCAUUUGGUGUUCCUGGUACCAAUGCAACGUUCGACUACAUCGUGGUAGGAGGUGGAACCGCGGGUUUGACACUGGCCACGCGACUAGCCGAGCAGCAGAACGGCUCGGUGGCUGUCAUAGAAGCAGGAGGUUUCUACGAGAUUGACAAUGGUAAUCUAAGCCAGGUCCCUGCCAGUGCCGGAGAAUACAGUGGUCCAUCUCCAUCUGACUGGCAACCUUUGAUUGACUGGGGAUAUGUCACUACCCCGCAAGAGGGACUUUACGAUGCACAGGUACACUACCCACAGGGUAAGUGCCUGGGUGGCGGUUCCGCCCGCAAUAGAAUGGUAAUCCACAGGGGCACAAAAGGAGCGUAUCAGAAAUGGGCGGAUGCGGUGAACGAUGACAGCUUCACUUUCGACAACCUGCUGCCCUUCUUUGAAAAAAGCUUACACUUCACCCCGCCGGAUCAGUCCCUGCGUUUAGCCAACACCACCCCUUGGUAUGAUGCUAGCGUGCUGGGCACUGGCGCGGGUCCACUGUCUGUGACCUACUCCCACUACGCCCAGGCCUUUACUUCGUGGGCUCUUCAGGGCAUGAAGAGUGUGGGAUUGUCAAUGAUUCCCGGAUUCCAGAGUGGCUCGCUACUGGGCUCGGGGUAUACUCUGCUAACCAUUAACGCUUCCACGAUGCUGCGGGAGUCAUCCGAGACAGCGUUCCUGAGUAGUGCCCUGAGUCGCCCCAACUACCAGGUCUAUCAGUCUACCCGGGCUAAGCGGAUCCUCUUCGAUGGUGGUCAACGGGCAACAGCCGUGAUGGUGGAGACCGGGGGAUUUACCUACCAGUUGAACGCGACCAAAGAGAUCAUUCUCUCCGCAGGGGCCUUCGGCUCACCGCAAUUACUGAUGGUAUCUGGUGUUGGGCCUGCUGAGGUUCUCAAUCCACUGGGUAUUCCUGUAGUGGCUGACCGGGCAGGCGUCGGCCAAAAUCUGCAGGACCAAGUCCUGUCGUUUGUGGCGCGCCCUGUUAAUGUGGUUACAGAGUCUGCGAUGAAUUCCCCGGAGGUACAGGCCGAGGCAGCACAGCAAUUUGACGAGAUGGCAGCUGGACCCUAUACUAGCCCCGGAAUUGAGGCCCUGGCGUGGGAAAAAAUCCCCCAUGAUCUGCGGGCGCAGUUGUCCAACGAUACCCGAGAGUUCCUUGACCAGUAUCCGUCGGACUGGCCCGAGAUUGAGUAUGAGCCUGAUGAUGAUUUGAACUACGCCUCCAUUGUGUUUGGCCUUGGAAUAUCGCAGUCCCGUGGCAACGUGACAAUCACCUCCAGAGAUGUUGCCGUCCCGCCUCUAAUCAACCCAAACUGGCUCACUGCAUCGGCAGACAUUGAGGUUAUGGUAGCAGGCCUCAAGCGGGCGCGGCAGUUCUGGCAAACAAGUGGCCUCAAUCCGGUGGUAAUUGGCCCGGAAGCGUUUCCGGGAGAUUCAGUUGAGACCGACUCAGAGAUUGAAGUCACUGUCAGGCGCAAUGCCAAUUCCAUCUCGCAUGCCUCGUGCACGUGUGCUAUGGGAACUGCUGACGAUCUAAUGGCCGUGGUGGAUACCCAGGGCCGCGUGUUUGGAGUGCAGGGGCUGCGGGUAGUCGACGCUUCAAUUUUCCCUCUUCUGCCUCCGGGUCACCCGCAGGCUACAAUUUAUGCCUUGGCCGAGAAAUUAGCCUGCGAUAUCACCAGACAGUGCGCCGAGUAG